AUGACCUCCGCCUAUGGCGGCAAGGCUGGGAAUGGGAGACUGGGCGAAAAGAUGCUGAAGAUGCUGCCACUGAGUGCUGAGCUGAAGUCAGGACGACAGGUAGAGGUUGAUCUUGUUCGAGAGGAGGAAUGGGAAGAAUGUAUGCGACUCUUGAACGCGAUCAUUGAGCAAGGAAGGGCGUGGCCAUUCGACAAGACAUAUACAAGGAUGGAAGAUUUUCAAGGAUACUUCCUCAGCCACACAGCCUUCGUUGUGAGAUCAACAAGUGCUGGGCUUGAUGCGAACAAAAAAUUUUCAAAUCCAGGGGAUGUCAUGGGAAUAUUCUACAUCAAACCGAACUACCCUGGUCGCUGUUCACAUGUUUGCAAUGGCGGAUUCAUCACGAAAGAGGAAUUCAGGAUGCAGGGAGUGGGAAAGUUGAUGGGGGCAUGCUACCUUAAGUUCGCAAGAGCACUAGGAUAUGAGAUGUCCUACUUCAACCUCGUGUUCGCCUCCAACGAGGAGAGCAUUCGGUUAUGGGAUGGUCUCGGGUUUCAGAGAGUCUCUCUGCUGAAAAAAUGCGCGAAGCUCAAGGGCAUCGAGGGCCUGGUGGAUGCAUAUGGAUAUUGCUACGAUCUUGCUACGGUAGAUGAGAAGUUUGACCCCAUCAAGGUCGCCAGGUCACGAUCAAUGAGCCCAAGAUGGUUCGCGUUCAAACGACUUUACGGCGAGUGGUCGCCUUAUCUUCUUCCGUGUUUUGUUGCUUCAACCAUUUUCCUGUUGAUACAAUGA